GGCAGACGAACUCACAUAUACACUUGUUCAAAGCUGACUGAAAUUGAAAGAAAAGAAACCAGAGAUCAUGGAGUUGAAAAAGAUGUUUCCAAUUGUCGUUGUGUGCCUGGUAGUUCUCGUGGACUUCAGCGAGUCAAACGAACGUAAAAAUAAAACCCUUAAAUCAGCGAUAUGCGACGCUCUUACAACUAAAGCAUGUCUGAUGAAGAUUCAGAGGUGUUCAACAAGUCAGAGGAAAUGUCAGGUUAGAGUUAAUGGUACAACGACCACAGAUCCAGCAGCGAGAUUUACCAUUGUUAGGGUUUAUAAGUCAACCCCAAACAUUACAAAGUGCAUUGAAGUCACUUCACCCAGCCAUGUUAAAUAUGCAAUGAAGGUUGACUCCAUAAACAGCAUCAUUUUUGAGGAACAGCAGAAUGGCUGCAAUAACAAAACUGCUGAUGCCUUUAUUUUUACUGAAGCUCGUGACAGUGAUUCUGGCUAUUUUACAUAUACACACAAUUCAAGGUGCUUAGGCACAAACAUUGAUGGCACUUUGUCCUUGAUGACUAUUAGUGAUGCAAAUACAAAAAAAUGUAGCUUUAAACACAUUAAGUGGCCUCUCCUACGCUGA